AUGGUACAACCACAACGUGGCCACGUCAAAGACGUCGCUAUCAUCGGCGCCGGGCCGUCCGGCCUGGUGGCCGCAAAAUUUUUACUUGCUGAAAAGGCCUUUUCGAAUGUGGUUAUCUACGAGCAGCGGGACACCGUUGGAGGCACCUGGAAUUAUGCCCCACUUGCUUCUCAAUCACAUAAGAUGAGCAAUGGUGACUCGAGUCAGCAUGUUUCGACGACGGCGAAGGCCGUCGUAACAGCCAAUUUGCCCAAGUAUAACACACCGAUGUAUGAGGGUCUGGAGACCAAUGUCCCACAUAUGCUGAUGGGAUACUGCGACACCCCGUUUCCGGAAAACACGAAGCUGUUUCCUGAUCGCGAAUGCGUCAUGCAGUAUCUAGAAGACUACGCGAGCGAGCUGUCGACUAUCAUCAAAUUUAAGAACGAAGUCUUAGCGGUCAAACCAACUUGCAAGUCCGGGUCUGAAGGUUGGGAUCUUACAACAAGAGCUAGUGACAAUGGCAAUGAGGCAACUCAACAUUUUGACGCAGUAGUGAUCGCCAAUGGGCACGGCAGCUCGCCAUCAUUACCCCCCGUCCAAGGUCUCGAUGAGUGGGCCCAGCGACUCCCAGAGUCAAUAUGCCACUCCAUCUCCUUCAGAAACACCAAACCUUUCAAGAACAAGCGCGUCCUCCUCGUAGGCGGCGGCCCCUCAGCAGCAGACAUCUCCCACCAACUCACCCAAGUAUGCGCUCUUCCCCUCCUCGCCUCCCGCCCCAAAAAAUCCCCCUACCACCUCGACGAACCCAACGAACGCGCCUACCUAGAACUCGCGACCCUAAUUCCCGAAGAGCGCGCCGCCGUGUUCAAAGACGGCAGCAUCGAACGCGACAUCGACAUCAUUUUCCUCUGCACGGGCUACACAUAUGAUUUCGAUUUCCUUGGCGCUGCAGAUCCGGCGGUCAAAGCAGGGGAGGGGAUCGGGGCAAUUCAUCCGUAUCAGUAUAUCUUCCACGUCCAGCACCCGACUCUCGCGUUCGUGGAGACGCUGGAGCAGAUCAUUCCGUUUGCGAUCGCGGAGGCGCAGGCUGCUGUUAUUGCACGGGUGUGGUCUGGUCGCCUUGCACUUCCUAGCUCCGAAGAUAUGCAGGGAUGGGUGGAUGGUGUGAUCAGUAAGAAGGGGCCUGGGAGGAAAUUCCACGCGACCGAACCGCCUUCGGAUUUGCAGUAUAUGAAAGAGAUGUAUGAAUGGUGUCGCAAGACGGAGGCGAGCGAGAAGGGGAAGCUGCCGAGACUGUGGGAUGAUUAUUGGUGCUGGUUGCGGAUGGCAACGGCGGAUAUCAAGAAGGCGUUUGUUGCGAAAGGAGAGGAUAGGGGGCAGGUGGUGGGGUAUGAGGAGUUGGGCUUUCAUUUCAGUGGCUGA